AUGCGAGCUCUGACUCUGCUUAGUGUAGGUUGGGCAUGGCUCGCCCUCGCUCUCACACUGACAAGUGCUGCACAUCUAGCAAGAGCAGACUCACCUCCUGCCAAGGUGCAGCUUCGUGCAUCAUGGCUCAAGAUCCGACUUCCCAGCAACGGCUCACCCUUCCUCCUAGAGCUUCUCGAAGCAGCAAGAUCUCAACGUCCAUCUAGCUUCUUUCCUCUCAUCGAUCUGCUCACCAGCACGCACACGGCCACUCAGCUGCGUUCCGCCUCCGACAAAUGGCUAGCUCAGACUAUCGAGAAUCUGAUCAGGUCUCACCAACUAUUUGGCACAUCUCAAACACAUGUGGACGAGGCCUUGGACACAUGGCGCAUGUCAUUGGCACUCAAGAACAGCACUCCGAGGAUCCAAGCUUUUGUUCAUCUGUAUAAGGCGCUGCAGCUUGAAGACACAUGGCGGUCUAGGUCGAACAAGGACCCGUGCGUGAGCUGGGUACACCACGAAGGAAAGGUUCUAUGCUCCGCUGAAGAGUUGCACCAGGCUUUGCAGGACAAUGCCGCCUCCUCGUCCGCAGUAAGCUCUACGAAGCAGGUAGCAUUCGGUCACCCUCGCAGUGCCAGCGAAGCCAGCUACAAAUUCGACACAGCAAGCUCGCAGAUUUUCGAGCUCUACGCAGACCCAUACUCAGAUAACUUCCGAGAGCUCUUCUCGACACUUGAGAAGCACGCGACUGAUGCAGAAGGAGGCGUCAAAUACACCCUGCGUUGGAGGCCAUCGCUCGACAAUCAGCCAACAGCAACCUCAGGAAGCCAGCAAACCACCUUUCUGUCCGGCUACGGUGCGAUCCUGGACCUCAAAAAAGUCGACUACCUCGUCAUCGACGACCGCAAGCUCAAAGACGACAGCGACAUCGGCGAUCUCGGCAUCGCGACCAACACCCACGACGAGGAAGCAGCCGCUUCUCAGCGAGCUUCCGCCGAUCUUCGCUGGCUGCAAGACCAGAUCGGUGCUGACUCCUUCUUAGCUUCCACAAGUCUCUCCUCACUGACAGACAGCGAGAUUGCAGACUUGGGAAUCAAAGCAGCUCGCCUGAUCAUGUCUUCACCGGACCCAUUACGCGCGCUGCAAGAGCUAUCGCAGAACUUCCCUUCGCAUGCGGCCGCACUAGCCAGCUCGACCAAGUUCGACGAUGGCGAUGCCUCUGCAGCGCUUUUCGAAGCAGUGCUGGGGCUGAGCAGCAUGCGUAUCGAGCCAGGUGCUUCGGAUCUUUGGUUGAACGGUAAAAGGACCCCGGCGAAGGAGUUCAUGCCGUUGACGCUCCUCGAGACCCUGAAGCAGGAGCGAAAUUGGUCUCAUGCUCUGCAGCAUCGCCUUGCGGGAGGUGGGCUCAAUGUGACUGAAGCAGGCGAUCUCAUUGCGUCUAGUCUUGUGGGCCGUGCAUUCUUGGCUCAGGCAGAAGGUGAAGGUGCAGCGGCGAUCUUUGAUGCUAGUGAUCGCAUCGAGCUCAAGAACGCUCCGGAGGGUACUGUGCAGGGUGCGAUCACUUGGCUGAACGAUUUGGAGACGGACGAAGCGACCAAAGCUUGGUCAAGCGACCUGAUGGACUUGUUGCGUCCUAUGUGGCCUGGCAAGUUCCCGCGUCUGUCGUUGAACCUGUUCAAUGUCGUGCUUGUGUUGGAUCUGAGACAGAGAGAGAGCUGCAGGUUCCUUUCGGACACCGUCAUUCAGAGCCUCGGUCGUGUAGGCUUGCACUGGGGUCUUGUUCCUGGCGGCCUGGAAGAUGAUGCGAACAGCGACUCGAUCCGUAUGGCUCGUCUAUUCUGGUUCCUGCUUGAAGAAGCCAGCCCGCAAGUCCUAUCCGAUGUGUUGCGCAAGACUGCGGCCAGCCGCGCUGGCACAGCUGACACUCUCGACGUUUCACUCGCCAUCAAAGAAGCCAAGUUCGCUCUCAAAGCAGUCGACUCUGAUGAAACACUUUCCUCAAAGCUGGACAGCAUUCUUGCCGGCCAAGACCCAGCCUACACCGUGCGUGAGGAACUCAGCAAGGCAUACAUCAACCGUCUGCGAGCAACGCGACAAGAAAGCCCUACAGGCCAUGUCUUCGUGAAUGGUCAGCACCAGCCUUUCCAUCCCCAAAUCGUGCACAUUCUACACCAGUCGAUUCAAGAGCAGAUUCAGUUACUCGCUCCACAGAUCUACUACGGACAACUCAGCAGCUUAAGCCCAGGGCUCAGCACGUUCUUCUACGAUUCGGUUGGAGCGCUGAGCUUCCGAUCUGCGCUUGUGCCCGGUGCAGGUUCGGCUGCAGACGGUGAAGAGGAGGGAGUGAGGCAUGAGGCUGUAGAUCUGUUCUCUGUUCUUGUGGAUGAUGAUGUGCCAUCAGCAACUUCUGAAGGGUUGUUCAACUUCUUCUACCCGUCGUCUGGAAGUAGCAGCUCAGAGGGAGAGGAGAAGCCCGCUGCGCUGCUCAACUCCACCGUGUGGGUGCUAGCUGAUCUGGACAGUCAAGGCGGCCUAGACCUGCUAACAAGGACCUUUGAAGCGCUUGCAAAGGAGGAUGCCAAGUUCCGACUUGGUGUUGUCCACGCUCCAUCGCCAGCGUCACAACGUUCCAAUCGCGAGGUUGCGAUCUCAACAGCCUUCCACCGCUUUCUGACCGACUCACAAUCAUCGCGUCCUUCUCCAGCACUCAUACACGACGCUUUGCGCCAGCCAGAACAGCUGAGGAGUGCCCUGGGACUCUCACAGAGCUCAAUAGACUCUGACCAAGCGGCUUUCCGCUUCUGGAACAGUAUCGCACUUCCCAUCACCGCCAAGCUUGACCUUGCCACUCCAGCACUCAUUGUAGACGGUCACCUGGUGUCCAACUUCGACUCAUCCACCGUCGAGGCCCGCGACAUAACGGCACUUGUCGAAUACGAAGCAGACCAGAAACUUCCUUACAUCACCCAAGCCCUCACUCUUCUCCGCGAAGACGUCGACUCGGUGGACCCAGUUCAGCGACAGAACCUCGUCUUUGCCUCGCUAUCUGUCAUGAACGGCGUCUACGAUUCUCGUCGGCAGAAUGCCUUCUCCAGCAAGCUCGCCUCGCGGUCGGGACUACCCGAGCAACUCGGUACCGCAGAUCACAUUUUUGAAGUCGGCGACAAAGCGAACGCCGAUAUUAGGAUCACGCUGUUGCUCAACCCGCUGUCGGAGUCUGCUCAGCGAUGGUCGAGUAUCCUACUCAUGCUCAGGGAAUUGGAGGGGGUGUAUUUGCGAGUGAUCCUGAAUCCAGAGAUCAAGUUGCGCGAGCUACCUCUGAAGCGAUUCUACAGAUUCAGUGCGCCGCACAGGUUGCAGUUCGACCUAGCAGGCAAGGUGUUGUCGGAAGAGCUGCAAUUCUUUAAUAUGCCAGAGGAAGCGGUUCUGACGAUGGGAUUGGACGCACCAGCGCCUUGGUUGACAAUGCCUGUGGAAGCGGUUUACGAUUUGGAUAAUAUUCGGCUUAGUGAUGUGCCGUCCAGUUCGCGCGGGAAGGGCGUGAAGGCGGUCUACGAGCUCAAGCAUAUUCUUAUUGAGGGUCAUGCAAGGGAGAAGUCCGCUAACAGCCUGCAGGUAGGCGUUCCAAGAGGAUUGCAGCUCUUGUUGGAGACACCGGAUGGAAGUACGAGUCUGGACACGAUCGUGAUGGCGAACCUGGCUUACUUCCAAUUCAAAGCUCAACCUGGACUGUGGAAGUUGAGAAUCCGAGCUGGUCGAAGUGACGAACUGUACGAGAUGCAGAGUGUUGGUAGUGCCGGUUGGGACAGUCCUUCUGUCGGGGUAAAGGGAGAUCUGGUCACGUUGGACACGUUUUCUGGACUCACUAUCUAUCCUCGUGUGUCAAAGCGCAAGGGUAAAGAGACCGAGCAGCUGCUUGAGGAGCUUGAUGCUCAAGGACGACCUGUCAAAAAGACUCGCACUGCAUCCCAAUCCACCGUGGAUGGAGUAGCUGUGAGUGCGAGCAACUUCCUCUCCUCGGCCAAAGACAAGAUCACCUCGCUUGCCAAUCAAAUCACCUCUUCCAACCCAGGUGCAAGCAAUGCUGUGGCAACACGCAAACACGCCGAUAUCAACAUCUUCACCGUUGCCUCUGGUCACCUUUAUGAACGAAUGACGUACAUCAUGAUCCUUUCCGUUCUCAAACAUACCAACAGCAGCGUCAAAUUCUGGUUCAUUGAAAACUUCCUCUCCCCCUCCUUCAAAGAGUUCAUUCCCCAUUUCGCCAAAGAGUACGGAUUCGAAUACGAACUUGUCACCUAUGCAUGGCCGCACUGGUUACGAGCACAGCGCGAGAAGCAGCGAACCAUCUGGGGCUACAAAAUCCUUUUCCUCGAUACUCUGUUCCCAUUGGAUCUUAGCAAAGUCAUUUUCGUUGAUGCAGACCAAGUUGUUCGCACUGACCUGAAAGAGCUCGUUGACCUCGAUCUCCAAGGCAAAGUCUACGGCUACCCUCCGAUGGGAGACGAUUCAGAAGACAUGGACGGGUUCAGGUUCUGGAAACAAGGUUAUUGGAAAGACUACCUUCGUGGGCGACCUUACCACAUUUCUGCGCUCUACGUCGUCGAUCUGAACCGUUUCCGCCUUUUCGCUGCUGGAGAUCGCUUACGAGGUCAAUACCAAGCAUUAUCUGCAGACCCCAACUCCCUCAGCAACUUGGAUCAGGAUCUACCAAACAACAUGCAAGCCAGCCUACCCAUCUUUACGCUGGAUAAAGAAUGGUUGUGGUGCGAAACUUGGUGUUCGAAUGAUUGGUUGGAUAAGGCUAAGACGAUUGAUUUGUGUUCGAAUCCGAAAACGAAGGAGCCGAAAUUGAAUAGGGCAAAGAGACAAAUUCCUGAAUGGACGGUUUAUGAUCAGGAGGUCGCGAGAUUGGCACAAAGAUUGGUGGAGGAGAAGGUGGUGGGAAAGAGCGUGGUUGCGCCUGAGAGUCAGAUGGAGAAGAAGCAACCACAGGAAGCGAGUGGAUUGAUGGCUAACGAUGAUGGUACGCCUGUCCACGACGAGCUUUGA